AUGACUCAUUCCUCCACCCGUCUCCUCUUCCUCCUGGGACUGACCCUCACCUUCGCGGCCUUCGCUCUCGCCGUCGACAAAACUGUGGUUGGCGCCACUGCGCCUGUGAGCGCUGAAAUCAUCCCUGGUAAGAUCGUGGUUCAGCCGCCGGCUGUCCAGCCUCCUGCUCUGCUGGUCAGGCCUGGUUUGGUCUCGGUCCCGCCCUUCUCGGUCCUGCCGCCGCCCGUCCAGCCCCCGCCGCUCACCGUCCAGCCGCCGCCCGUGCAGCCCUCGUCCAUCGUCGUCACGCCCGUGCCCCUUCAGGGAUCGGCCGUGACCGUGUCGUUCACCCCCAUCCCCGUGCCUCCGCUGACUGUCAACCUGCCUGCCGUGUCCGUGCCGCCGAUCGUCAUCCAGAUCCCCGCCUUCACCAUCUACCCCGAUGCCGUCCAGCUCCAGCCCAUCGUCGUCCAGCCUCCGCCCAUCAUCCUCGAUGACAUCACCAUGACCCCUGUUCCUCUCCAGGGCGCCGCGAUCACUGUGGAGGUCCCCGCCAUCUCGGUGCCGCCGCUCCGCGUCCAGCCGCCGUCGGUCCAGGGCUCCGCCUUCACUGUCACUCCUUCGCCGGUCCAGCCCGCUGCAUUCACUGUCACCCCGCCCCUCGUCACCCCGCCCCCCGUGGUGAUCGAAUCCACCACGACCACCACCAAGACCAUCGGCAUCCCCGAGACCACCGUCGCCGCCACCAUCGUUGGCUCCACCAGCGUAAUCACCACCAAGACCGACUAA